AUGGAGCUCUCUGAUAUUUAUGAAGUCGGGACAGUCUUGUCACUAGUCAGGGUUGUGAGGUUUGCUGAGGUCGAUGAACUCAAGCUUGGAGAAAGUGUAGACGAUGAGGAAGCGUUUGGAGAUACAGAAGAAGGCUUUGAUGGGUUAAUAGAUGUUCAACAUGCAGACAAUAUCGACGUGGAUUUGUCUAUGAGGGCUCCUAUACUUUGUCUUUCCGGAACCGACAUGUUUGAGGACGAAGCGCACGUAGAUGGUUGUGGUCACGGUAUUCCUCGGGAUGUGUGGGGAACAUUCAGUGUUACUUGA